AUGGGGGCGCGGGGCCGGCGGGGCCGCAGCGGGCCGCCCUCGCAGUGCCCGCAGCCCCAGUGCUUCGACCCGCUGGUGCGCGUGUGCGUGGCCUGCAGCCUCCUCCGCACGCUGGAGCCCCCGGCGGCCGAGCCGAGCAGCGCGGCGGCGGGGACGGCGGUGCGGUCGCGGGAGGCGGGCGCCGGGCCGGGGGCGCUGCUGCUGGGCGCCCCCGCGCUGCUGGGCCUGGCGCUGGCCCUGGUGCUGGCGGCCGCGCUGGGCUGGCGGCGGCUGCGGCGGCCCGCGCGCCCCGAGGCCCCGGACUCCGCGCUGGACGACGCGCCCCUGGACACCGUCAUCGUCCUCUCUUCCGGACCCCUGGACGCCACCGGGCCCGUCUGGCCUGCCCCCGGGGAAGACCCAGCCACCAUGCCCCCUGCCCACAGCGUCCCCGUGCCCGCCACGGAGCUGGGCUCCACCGAGCUGGUGACCACGAAGACGGCCGGCCCUGAGCAGCAGUAG